AUGCAUCUCCCCAAGCUUCCAGCCAAGGCAGCCUAUCUACUCAUCGACAACCCAGCCCGCCGCAACGCUCUCAGCCUGGCGACGCUGCAGUCGCUCCACGCCCAAUUGACGGCGCACCUCACCCCGCCCAAGACGAAUCAGCCACUCUCCCUACCACCUUUCCAACCCUCCCUGCUACAAAUCCUCCAAACAACCGCUGAAAACGACUCUGGCCCACACAGCUGGCUCGUCAACGCCGCAGACUGGAACAACAGCAGCCUCCCCUCGGUCAUCAUCCUCCGCCCUUCCACCGCCGGCAAGGUGUUCAGCUCAGGCCACGACCUGGGCGAGCUGGCGUCGCUUGGCCCGGCCGACGUGCGAAGGACAUUCGCCCUCUGCGCGGACCUCAUGUCCCUGAUCCGCCACAGCCCCGUCCCCAUCGUCGCCGCCGUCGACGGCCUCGCCACCGCCGCCGGCUGCCAGCUCGCCCUGACCGCCGACGUCACCAUCGCCUCGGCCCGCUCCGCCUUCCAGCUCCCCGGCGCCGGCCUGGGCCUGCCCUGCACGUCGCCGGCCGUCGCUCUCGCCCGGCGCCUGCCGCCCGGUCUCGUGCAGCGCAUGCUGUACACGGGCGAGGCCGUGCCGGCCGCGGAGCUGGGUGCUGCCGGCGCCGUUGAGGUUGUGCCGGGCGACGAGGCGUCGCUCGAGGAGCGCCUCGCGUCCGUCGCAGCCGCCAUGGCCGCGCAGCCCGCGCAGCCCAGGGCCCUGGCCAAGUGGGCGUACUGGACGCAGGUCGGCAUGCGCGAGCGAGGCGAUGGGCUUGAGGACGCCCUGCGGUGGGCGGGGGACGUCAUGGCGCUGCACGCCAGGGGAGCCGAUGCGACGGAGGGCAUGGCGGCGUUUCUGGAGAAGAGGAAGCCCGUCUGGAAGACAUAG